CUUCUAAACGUGAUGGGGUUACCAAAUACUAUCGCUGCGAUCCGGAAACAAUUUGUAAUAUGAUUUAAUGGACAGCAUUAUGAAAUGGCUGGUGCGUUGAACUGCAACCGAAGGUUGGGCUUCUCGAGAGCUGUCAGUACCUGGUUUACCAGGUGAUAUAGACGUCAGAGAGGCUUCGCAGUGAUUUACAUGCGACGUCGAAUCAGUUGGACAAACAUACUGCCGCUCCGAUAAAUAUGUCAAAAACGGUGUGGGCAAAAAACCCGAGUGACUACGUGAGUGGAUCACUUCGAACGGAUAGUAUUUAAGCCUCACUACUCGCUGAAUUUGAAAUCAUUCGCAGCCACUCAACGGAAUCAAUAUGUGCUACAGAUAUAGCUUCAGUUUUGUUUUAAUCGCUGUUCUGCUUUUGGCAGCCGGAAUUCACGGAGCUCCCUCGGAUAUUGUGGUGGAAAAGGCGGAGGAUCCGAAUGCCCCGCAAACCGUGCCAGAUGGUGACUCCAAAGUUCCGGAGGAUUGCCACCAGCCGAAGGAAACUGGUCGCUGUUUUGCCCUUUUCUAUCGAUUUGCCUACAAUGUGGAUACCCAAUCUUGCGAGGAAUUCGUCUACGGUGGUUGUGCCGGCAAUAAGAACAAUUUCGAGUCCAAGGAGCAUUGCGAACAGGCCUGCCUGGGAAAGUCUGUAAAUCCUAGCUCGGAAACCACCACUGAACAAAGCAGCGAAGUGACCACCGAAUCGAGCACUACUGCUUAAAUGAAAUUAUGUUUUUAGAACGUAACGCCUAGAAUUAAAUUACCCAGCUGAUUAUUUUAAUAAAUUUGACUUAAAACAA